AUGUCCGAUAUUGGAGCAGGCCACCUGGGGAGGUCAGAGCCCUUCUACCCCAAGAGUUCUGCACAGUUCACGAGCUAUGGCGGGUCAGAGGGGUCCACCAGCCCUCCACCCACAUGUCAGGUGCGCAUGAGGUCCCCUUGGGCCCUGCUCCUUUACCUGCUGGUGAUCACUGAAGGCUGGGGCCAAGAGCCAGCCAGCCCAGGCUGCCACCUAUACCCUUUCAAUGUGACUGUACGAAGUGACCGCCAAGGCACCUGCCAGGGCUCCCACGUAGCCCAGGCCUGCGUGGGCCACUGUGAGUCCAGUGCCUUCCCUUCUCGCUACUCCGUACUGGUGGCCAGUGGCUACAGGCACAACAUCACCUCCAUCUCCCAGUGCUGUACCAUCAGCAGCCUGAGGAAGGUCAAGGUGCAGCUGCAGUGUGGGGGGACCCGGAGGGAAGAACUGGAGUUCUACACAGCCAGGGCCUGCCAGUGUGACAUGUGUCGCCUCUCACGCUACUAAGGGCCCUCCUUGCGUCCCAGGUUCCCAUGGGUGGGACAAGCCAGCACCUGGGAUGCCAACCUGCAGGAGGCUCUGGCCCUUCCAGUUACUUGCUGGGGUCUAACUGGAAGUGCCCAUAACCUCUGAGAGCGGUGUUUGCCUUCUCCUGUCCCCACCCAGCCCUGCCCCCUG